UCGCAAGUGCCUAUGACCUCACUAUCCUUACCCACAAUCCACUUCGGUCGUUCACAGUGAUAAACAUGGCGUCGAGGGCACCAGCGCAGACAGGCAGGCUCCUGCUUGGUGUUCGCAAAUGGUACUACAACAUGUGUGGCUUCAACAAGAUCGGUUUACUGCGAGAUGACACAGUAUAUGAGGAUGCAGAUGUGAAAGAGGCCCUGAGGAGGCUCCCAGAGAACCUGUACAAUGAAAGGAUGUUCAGGAUGAAGAGAGCCCUGGAUCUCUCCAUGAAACAGCAGAUCCUCCCUAAAGACCAGUGGACGAAAUAUGAGGAGGAUGUCAGCUACCUGUCACCGUAUCUGGAUGAGGUGAUCCGUGAGAGGAAAGAAAAAGAAGAAUGGAUGAAGAAAUAAGUAGUUCCUAGUCAACCUGUUAAUUCCCGCUUCGGUCCAGUUCAUGGUUAUUCUUGGUGUAGUAUUUAAAAUGAAAUCUAACCUAUAUGAAACACUGCUCAAUAAAAAAUGUACAUUUUGGAAAAAGUGGAA